AUCAAAACUGUCAUGGCGGCGCCCUCGUGUAAUGCGUGACUGUCACCAUCCCUAACACCAUUUAGACACUUUAGAAAACCACAGACAGUCAAGGAAAAUGAAGACCAAGAGGAUGAAGCCCGAAAACAAGCGUCUGUCCUCGGGACUGAAGAAACAAGCCAAACGCAGCAUCCAUGUGAAAGGCAAAUGGAAAGCUAUAGAGCUCGACCCUAGUCUGUUCUCCGAGGAGGGCAUGGAGGGGCUGGUGUGUUUUGAAGAGCUGACAAAUUACCGUAUGAUAGACUCCGAGAAGGCUGCAGCUAAAGCAGCAAAGCAACUGAAAAAGCAGGAGAAGAAGAAAGCAAAGAAAAGAAAAGCCAGCGAGGGAGAGGAGGCUGGAGAGAAGGUAGAUGUGGAGAGCAAAGAGGCAGAGACUGCAGCUGAACCUGCCAAGAAGAAACCCAAGAAGAAGAAGAAGAAGAAAAAUAAGAAGCUGGCUGCAAAGGAGUCAGUCCAGUCAGAGGACACUUCUGUGGAGGUGACACAGGUGGAUGUAGCUGCAGGUGAGGAGGAAGGAGAAGAUGAAACACCCAAAGAUGCUUCAGAAGACACAGCUGUUAGUGUAGAAGCUGAUGCCCAAACAAAACUCACAAAGAAGAGCAACAAAAAGAAGAACAAAAAACAGAAGCAGCAGAUAGAAAAUGAUAAAGUCCCAGAGACACAGCCAAACCAUGAGGCUCCAUCAGAAAGUCAGCCUCUGGAAGACGAAAAAUCCACCCAGGAUAAAGUGGCAAAGGCCCCCAAAAGUAAAAAGCAGAUAAAGAAUUGGACAAAUGCAGCACUUUCUGGCUCUGAGGAUAAAAAUGCUGAUGUGAGUGCAUGGAAGAACCUGUUUGUUCCCUCCCCUGUGUUGAAAGCACUGAGCAGUCUUGGAUUUAGCUCACCAAGCCCGAUACAAGCCCUGGCUUUGCCUCCAGCGAUCAGGGAUCGUAUGGAUGUACUGGGGGCAGCCGAGACAGGAAGUGGGAAGACAUUGGCUUUUGGUAUUCCCAUGAUCCACGCCAUCCUGGAGUGGAAGAACAACUCAGAAAAGCCUGUUGAUGACAACUCUGAACCAACCACACAGGUGGACAGUUUGUAUUUACCAGCUGCAGAUGAGGCCACCGUAGAAGAAGAAAAAGAGGACACUAUGGAGGCUGAGGGAGAAGAGGGUGAAAGCAUUACAGAGCAGGAUCAAGGUGACACAGAUGAACAUGACAGCGAAGAUGACGUUGAAGAAGAUGACGAUGAUAGGCUUGGGUGUGUUCAAGUAAUUGAAAAUGCAGAGUUUGACCCCACGGUUGAAGCAGAAGCAGAAUCUGCUGGUAGUCGGAAUCAGCCGCUGCUCGGACUCGUGCUCACUCCCACCAGGGAGCUGGCUGUUCAGGUCAAGCACCAUAUUGAUGCUGUCGCAAAAUUUACAGACAUCAAAACAGCGAUCGUGGUGGGUGGAAUGGCUCAACAGAAGCAAAGGAGGAUGCUGAAGCGAAGACCAGAGAUCAUUAUUGCCACUCCUGGACGUCUGUGGGACUUGAUCCAGGAGAGGCAUCCGCAUCUGCUGAACUUAAGACAGCUCAGGUGCCUGGUCAUAGAUGAAGCAGAUCGCAUGGUCGAGCGAGGCCACUUUACAGAGCUGGAGAACCUGCUGGAGAUGCUCAACACCGUGCACUUUAACCCCACAAGGCAAACCUUUGUGUUCUCCGCCACGCUGACCAUGGCUCACAGCCUGCCCACCCGCCUCCUGCAGAAGAAGAAGAAGAAUCUGCACCAGAGGAACAAGCUGGAAAUUCUCAUGGAGAAAGUGGGGAUCAAGUCCAAACCCAAAGUCAUUGACCUGACCAGGAAGGAGGCGACUGUGGAGACCCUGACUGAGACCCGAAUCCAUUGUCAGAAGGAGGACAAGGACUUUUACCUUUAUUACUUUCUGCUCCAGUAUCCUGGCCGCACCAUGGUGUUCGCUAACAGUAUAGACUGUAUCAAGAGACUGAACUCCCUGCUGGUGAUCUUGGACUGUACUCCACUGCCUCUUCAUGCCAACAUGCACCAGAAACAACGCCUCAAAAACCUGGAGAGGUUUGCUGAGAGGGAGAGUUGUGUUCUGCUGACGACUGACGUGGCCGCCAGAGGACUGGAUAUCCCAAAUGUUCAGCAUGUCAUUCACUACCAGGUUCCCAGGACAUCUGAGACUUAUGUCCAUCGGAGUGGCAGAACAGCAAGAGCCACCAAAGAGGGCCUCAGUUUGCUGCUGAUAGGCCCGGACGACAUGAUGAACUUCAAAAAGAUCUACAGGACUCUCGGGAAGGACGAAGACCUUCCCAUGUUCCCCAUAGAGCUCAAAUGCAUGGAAGCCAUCAAGGAGCGGGUAAACUUGGCCAGACAGAUUGAGAAGAUUGAGUUCCACAACAGCAGGGAGAAACAGCACAACUCCUGGCUCAGACAAGCAGCAGAUGCUCUGGAGGUGGACCUGGAUGACGAUCUUUUAAUAGGCAGAGGAAGGGAUGAGGAAGGUGACAGGGAGCAGCAGAAGGUGGUAAAGGGAAUGAAAAAGCAUUUGAAGCAGUUGAUCUCACAACCUGUUUUCAAGAAUGUGAUUAAGACCAAGUAUCCCACUCAAAUGGGGAAGCUGUCCCUGCCUCACAUGCCUCUAGCAGAGAGGGAAAGUGCCCUCACCAGGGUGUCAAUACAGAAGAUGAAACAGAAGUUAAAGAAAUAUGCUCCACCACGGCAGAAAAAGCAGAAGAAAAAAAAAACAGCAGCAAUGACAUGUUAA